CCCAUCCCUGACCUACACCUUCUGUGCAGGUACUUCCUGCGUGCGACUGUGAUCCGAAGACUUAAUGACAUCAGCAAAGAGUUGGACAUUGUGGUGCACACACUGAGCACGUAUCCCGAACUCAACUCCUCCAUUAAAAUGGAAGUCGGCAUCGAGGACUGUCUCCACAUUGAGUUUGAGUACAAUAAGUCCAAAUACCACCUGAAAGACGUCAUUGUGGGGAAAAUCUACUUCCUACUGGUGAGGAUUAAGAUAAAGCACAUGGAGAUAGACAUUAUUAAGCGGGAGACGACCGGAACGGGCCCCAGCGUGUACCACGAAAACGACACCAUCGCCAAGUAUGAGAUUAUGGACGGAGCACCAGUCAGAGGUAAACAAACCCAAAUA